UCGAAGGUGCAUAAUUUACUUUAAAACUUUACGAAACUUCAACACUUUGAAAAUGAUAAAAUUCAUAUUUAUGUUACUUGCCUUCGCUGCUGUUGUCAAUGCAUAUGAACGUCAUGUCAACCUACCUGAAGGUGAUAUAAUUCAAGGGAAAAAUUCGUCGGGAGUAAUUAUAAGAAAGAAAAAAACUCAUGUAGAAGUUGAAUGGUUAGAAGACUUUAAUUAUGAAAAUUCAUUAAAAAUUUAUUUCAAUUAUGUUAUGGAAAACACUGGUUUACGUGAAAUUGUCGAACUUGAUAAUUUAUGCGGUAAAUAUAAACGUGGCACAUUAGACAAUUCUGUUAAGAAAUUUAUAUUAUCAAAACUCGGAAUCACCAGCAAAUGUCCAAUAAAAAAGGGUGUGAAAAAAAUCACAUUUCCCAUCAAGUUUGACUAUCAGACAGAAACUAAAGAAUGUGGACCCGUUUAUGGACUUUUUAAUAUAUUAAGAAAUAAUAAAGAAGAUCCUAAUACGACACCCUUACUAAUUGUCUGAACCGCGUAAACGUCAAAUGUUUAAAAUAAUUAUUGUUAAAAUUUUCUUCUUAUUAUAAUGUCAAAUUUAAAAAAAAAAUCCACUUUUUUUUGCUAUACAAACAUUACAUUUUUUAAAUCAUGUUAUAAAAGUUUAGAAUGCAUAUGUUCCAGAUAAAAUUUAUUUUUAUAUUAUCAUUAUUAUUAACUUAAAUUCAUACUAACUAAGAAUAUCAUCACUGUCUACAACACUAAUUUUCCUUCGAAUUUUUAUAGAAUAUAUACAAAUUUAAAAGAUAUAAUUUAAUGUAUACGUCCAAUUUUAUCGAAUAUUAAAUCUAUAUGUUAACAAUAAUGCUCAUUCAAUUGCGACUUGAAACAAAUUAUUACUGGAAGAUAAAUUAUUUAUAUUUUCAAAUACCAAUCAACGAUUUAUUUAUGUUCUUUAUAUAUUUAUAUAUAUUUGUAAGGUCCAAGUUACAGUGCAGUAGUUGUAACAGAGGUGACUCAGAUAGUCAAAUGUGUAUCUGUUGAAAUAAAGGUUCAACAUGGAGGAACGUGUUACAUAGAAGUUGAAGUGAGCAGAAAUAAUGGAUCUUACUACCUGAUAUCAAGGACACUCAUCUGGAAGAUCAUGGGAAUAGAAGUUAAGUGUAACUUAUACCAUCAUACCACAAAAUCAUCGAAAAAUACUACAAAAUCCUAACUUCAUUUGUGGAAAUACAAACACCUGCUGUACUUGUACCAGCAUCAUCAAAUACUUUGGAAUAUAUUAACCGGUAAUUUAUAUUCCAAAGAGAAGUUUAAAUUUUUGCGGGAAUAAAUGAAGUUUCUCGUAAAACAACCGUCUAUACUCAACGACUCGGCCAAAUCAAUGAGAGGACAACCAGUACUAUCUUCAAGUGAAGGCGUUAUAGGACCCUUUUCAACAAAGAAGUAGUCGAGAAAUUGCAGAAAAUUCCUGGGAUGAGCUGUGGCAUGCAUUCCCUAUUUGUGAGCACAGUCAAUGCAGAAGUUGAACCAGUUUUUAUCGUCUCUUAAUAUAUUAAAAUGAUAGAAAACUCCACAAUCUAUAGAUGUCCGAUGAACAAAUUAGGAGCCAUCUGUAGUUCUACAACCCAUCAUUCAGUGCGACUGAUGUCAACCACCAAAUUUUAAUCAAGAACGUCAACAACAAUCGUAUCAACAAGAUCAAACUAAAACUACACUAUACUCUAUAUUAUCACACCUACUUCAGAGAAAACUACAUCUAUUGAAGUCAAAUAUUCCAAAGGAUUCUUCAACCUUUUUUUAUACGAUACCAUUUGUCUGCAAGUGUCAGUUCUCAAACAACGAAACCUAAACUGGGAUACCUAAUAAUCAAAAUAUUAAAACAUAUGUACAUUCUGUGGUCGCUUCUCCGAUAUCACUUUGUUACUAUCUAUAAGCAACCAUUUAACUAUGGGGGUGUGACGUCAGAAUUAAUUUUCUUCCUCCUAAAUUUUUUUUUUCUUAUUAUUUUAAUUUCUCUUUCUCGUUUGAUAAACUUGAAAAAAAGUUUAGAGAGUUUAAAAUUUGUUUCUGAAAAUAACAAAUAUUGAUUUCUCUCGAAGAAAGAAUUUUUGUCAAAUAUCAUAUUAAGAUUUUCAAAGAGAAAAAUCAAUAUUUGUUAGCAAAUAGAUUUAAAAAUGCGUUACUUAUUUGGAAACCAUAGAGCGAUCUCAUAGUAGAAAAAUCUGGACCCUUCAGUCUAAAUUUGCGUGGACAGAUCCCGGCGCAAGAUAAUGAUCGGUUGACGGCAAAGCGGGAAAAACCCAAAAUUCGCCUGUUUAAUGACUUUCUCUUAUUUUUGUAAAAAUUAUGUUAAAAUUGAAUUUUGUCUUUUUCUUGUUUUUGCAACAAUUAUUAAUUUAUUGCAUGAGGAAAAUAUU